CCCGUGCUAGGAAAAGAGCUUCUGCUCGCUCGUGUCCUGUUGCUUAGUUGGUUGCGACGCCAGGCCCUCGCCGAACGCCUUCGCUCUAGUCUGCUGCUCCUUUCUUCUGUCUUUUCCAUCUUCUUCUUCUUGAUUGUUUUGCUUCAUCGGUUUCUGCGUCCACUGCAGGAGGAGCUCAACAUACUUUACGGAUGCUGUAGAUAUUCUACCCAACAAGUCGGCUACAUACAAAACCUUGGUUUCAGAACACCUGCUAAGGUCUACCAGCUCUGACUUUUUGCUUUGCUUCUGUCAAUAUUGCAACGACUAGUAUAUAUACCAUGAAUCACGAUUAACAUACGCCUCUACGAAUCACUAUACUUUUGACGCCUACUUCUACUGAUAACCUCACCCCGCCGGAACACGGAUCAUCGGUAACAUCCGAUUCCAACACUUCUCGCCUAUUAUGACGGUUUCCGAGAAGCUCAGCGGCCGACUCUGGCCCACGAAAAAGACGAAAUCCAACGAUUUAAGCCUCAACGACGCAAAUGGCGACGAGUCUGUCGCUGCUGGCGAUGCGCCCAUUCAGUACCGCACAUACAAGCGCCGCUGGUUCGGCCUCUUCCAGUUGGUGUUGAUGAACAUUGUAGUCUCCUGGGAUUGGUUAACCUAUGCCCCGGUUCCAGAGCAGGCCGCCUCAUAUUACGGCGUCAGCACCUCCGCCAUCAAUUGGAUUUCGACAGCCUUCUUCCUCUCCUUUGUGGCAGUCUUCCCAUUAGCCAUUGCAGCGCUACACCGCGGUCCUAAGCUCUCCUUCAUGAUAUCCGCCGUUCUUCUCCUUAUUGGCAACUGGAUCCGAUAUGCAGGUUCAACUAGCAGCGAAGGCGGCCACUUUGCCUACGCCAUGGCUGGAGAAAUCCUCAUUGGUUUCGCUCAGCCAUUCAUCCUCGCAGCACCAACCCGAUACUCUGAUCUCUGGUUCACAACCCGCGGACGAGUAGCUGCCACUGCCCUUACAAGCUUGGCUAACCCGCUUGGAGCGGCGUUAGGCCAACUGAUUAACCCGCUCUGGUGCUCCCAUCCCAGCGACGUCUCCAACAUGGUGCUCUACGUCUCCAUUAUAUCUACUGUUGCUAGCGUCCCGGCAUUCCUUAUUCCCAGCAAACCUCCCACGCCUGCCGCUGCCGCUGCCGAGACGCCUAAGCUUCGCCUGCGCGAAUCUCUAUCCGCCCUCACUAGCUCUCCUGAACUCUGGAUGGUUCUCGUACCGUUCUUUAUUUACGUCGGCCUCUUCAACUGUAUCUCGUCUCUGCUCAACCAAAUGAUGGUCCCUUAUGGCUUCUCAGACGACCAGGCUGGAAUUGGCGGCGCUGUUCUCAUUGUCGUCGGCCUUGUUACGGCUGCCAUCACAUCACCCAUCCUUGAUCGAACCAAGAAAUUCGUUCUGGCGCUCAAGAUAUUUGUGCCUAUACUAGGAGUUGCUUUCUUGGUGUUUAUCUGGAUGCCCGAAACCCGAGACAUCGCCGGGCCUUAUGUGAUUCUUGCCAUCAUUGGUGCCUCUGCUUUUGCUCUAGUCCCAGUUGCCCUGGAGCUUCUUACAGAGCUUAGCCAUCCACUUAGCCCAGAAGUGACUGCAACAGUGGGCUGGGCCGGUGGUCAACUCUUUGGUGCCAUCUUCGUUAUUGUGUGUGACGCACUUCCAGCCGCAGCAGACGGACCAGAGAAGAACAUGAAGUGGGCUCUUGUCUUCCAAGCAGUCUUUGCCAUGCUAUGUACUCCAGUUCCUUUGUUCCUGGGCCUCUUUGGCCGACAGGACAAGAUUGUGCUGCGACGACUUCGAUCAGACCAGAGGGGAACUCACGGAACGACUGUCGUCAGCACAGUAUGAAUCAACUGUUGCUUUUUUGCCUUUUACAAAUCAUCUAGCGGGAUUCAGGAUACCAAUGGUUGUAAAUGCCUUAUCUUUAGUUAUUAGUAUAGUUAAGUAUAUAUAUAUUAUGAUCCACCUCUCUCGACGUCUUCGUUACGAGCUGUCCUCGGCAAGAAUAUCUUCCCAGCGCAGACGCAAGCUCUCCAUUUCACGCCAGCACUGCGCGCCUAGCGCCUCAAAUUCUACCAAUUCUUCGCUCGUGACGUCCUUUGCGGUAUAUCGACGUCCAACUGUCUGACACAUUGCUCCCUUUGACGGCUCAUUCUUGACUUUGGUCACUGUGCCGUCAAAGCCCCAGCCUUCGACUUCAGUUGGUUUUGCAAGUGACUCGUCCUUGGAGUUUACCGCACUGCCCCAUUUAAUAUCCUGUGCAUCGUCGUUAUCAAGAGCAUCUUGUUCCUGCAUAAUGAUCCACGCUGCAGACUUGCCACCCUUGUAGCCGUCAGUGACGUGCCAAGGCGAGCCCAUCCAUUUUCCAAUGAGAAGGGCUAGUUCGUAGGCCCAGAAAAUGAACCAUGGGAGCGGGAAUAACGUGCUAGCAACAAUACCAGGGUGUGUCAAAUACAUGUUCGGCGGUAUCGUGUCAGCGUCUGCCUUUUCAGAUUCUUCACCCAUAGUCAAAAAGGCGGACGAGUAAGGCGUCGAACCAGGCUUUCUGUAGGUAAGGAGGAGUAUAUCUGUCAGUCUUUUCGAUGAUUCAUAUGCAGUAGGGCUCGUAAAAGACUGUAAAUCGCCGAUGGAGAACGUUGGCGCGUGUGCCUCCACGCUGCUGGUCCAAAUCACUCUGCCUGGGGGAACUGUUUCUGUGCGGCUUCGAGAAAGGACAGGGAGAAGCUGGUGUGUCAGAACAUAGUGGCCGAAUACACAGGCGGUAAAGACCUCCGCAAGUAGGGGCUUGUCGGGCUAUAUGCUAAUUAGUGGAUGUAUUUCUCCCGUCGUCGCAUGUUAACUUACAUAGUUAUAGCGCGCGUCCUCAUUCAGAAUCCUUGUAGGCUCUGCCGUCUUGAAGGUAGGGUAUGUAAUCGUCUCCAUAAAUCCUUUGCUGAGUAUCGACCAGAUGGCUCCAAAGUAGCUGAGGCCGCUCCAACCGCCAUAGGCAGCGUUGAAGACCACACUGUCCAACCGGGGGAUUCGGACGUUGGUCAGGUACUCCCCUUCCAAGCCGGCAGGGUUGCUGACGGUGCCGUAGCAGAUCUUAUCAGCAAUGGCGUAUAUCUCUUGCAGGUCGCAGAGGUCGAGAGGAAGACUGAGGAUAUGGACACGGGCAACAGUGUCCUGCCAUUUGUAGCUGUCGCCGCCAGCUCGGGCACGGAGGGCCUGUGAGGUUUGCGCUGCAUUCACAACAUACUCACGCAGUGUACGGACGCACUCUAGGGAUUUCGUAGCGCUUCUUGUCGUAGGGAUGAUGCAGAUGUGAGCUGUAAGGGAUCGCGUCGCAAGAAAUUCGUCUACUAGGCGCUGGCAAACACCGAGACCAAUGCCACUGCAAAAACAGGCGGUUAGUAAAGAAACAAGAUGAUAGAGAGUACGCAUGCUCAAAGAACACAGAAGAGUUUUCUCUCGAGCAGCAC